AUGAGAAUGCAGGAAGGCCAGGCUGAAGGAGGAAUGCCUUAUCUUGGAGCAUAUGCUGGUGGAGGAAUGUGGGCGCAGGAAGCCCAGGCUGAAGGAGUAAAGCCAGACAAAGAAUGCCAUGCUGGGGAACUAAUGAGAAUGCAGGAAGUUUCUCCUGGGAAUGAAGUGCAGCAACAUAAAGAGCAUACGGGGGUAGGAAUGCCGAGAGAGGGAAAUCUUGAUAAGGCUGAAGUGCAGCACCAGGCAAGCUCCGGUGGGGGAGGACUGCAGCGGCGGGCAACCAUUGUUGCAGGAGCUCAGCGGGGCGCAGGCUCUGUUGUAAGAAGAGUGAGACGCCAGGCAAGCUUCGGUGAAGGGAAAAUGCAGCGGCCGGCAACCUCCGAUGCAGGGGCGCGGCGCCAGGAGAGCUCUGUUGGAGAGGUAAUCACUAAUCAGGCAAGCUCCGGUGGAGGGAAAAUGCAGCGGCAGAGAAGUCUCGUUGGGGGAAGAGUGCGGCAGGAAGGUUUUGCCGAAGAAACAAUGCAGCGGGAGGGAGGCUCUGGAGAAUGGAUGCCCAAUCAGGAAUGUGCUGAUGAAGGGGUAGUGCAGCCACAGCCAAGCUUUGGUGGAGGGGGAGUGCAGGGAAGUCUUGGUGAUAUAGUGGAAUCCCACGGAAACACUACAGACGGGGAGGAAACGGGUGGAGAAAAUAGAUCUGGCCGCAAAAUUGGGCGCCAUGUAAGUUUUACUGGCACGUUU